AUGGGUAGUUGUAUAAAUGAAGAAAAAUUAGCAAAAUUCUUUCAAAGAUCAUUAAAUGCAUUACCAGCACCAUAUACAUCAGGUUUACCAAAUCAUUUAUCAUUAAUAUUUUUUGUAGUAUCAGGAUUAGAUCUUUUAAAUAAAACUGAUAUACUUGAAAAAGAAAAACAAGAUAUUAUCAAUUGGGUUUAUUCAAGACAAAUAUUACCAUCAAAAGAUAAUCCAGAAAUUAAUUUAGAAAAUUGUGGAUUUAGAGGAUAUAAUUUUUUAGGACAAGAAUUUUGUUGUGAUAAAAGUGUACAUACAAGUGAAAAUGGACCAUUGGAAUAUGAUUUACCAAGUACACCAAAUACAUAUUGUGCAUUAUUGAUAUUAAGAAUAUUGGGCGAUGAUUUUAGUGGUGUAAAUAAGAAGGCAAUUAUAGAUUCAUUAAGAAAGAGACAAAGAGAAUCGGAUGGUGCAAUCAGUGGUUCACCAAAUGUAGGAGAUUAUGAUCUUAGACAUUUAUUCUCUGCAUGUGCAAUUUCAUUCAUUUUAGAUGACUGGUCAGCAAUUAAUAAAGAGAGCGCAAUAGAUUAUAUUAAAAGUUGUUUAUCCUAUGAAUUUGCAUUUGGCCAAACACCACAACAAGAAGCACAUGGUGGUCCAACUUACUGUGCCAUCGCUUCGUUAUCGUUGUUGGGAAGAUUAGAUGUAUUGGAGCCAUUCAAAGAGCAAUUAACAUUUUGGUUAGUAAAGAAGCAAAUCACUGGUUUCUGCGGUCGUACAAAUAAAGACCCAGAUACAUGUUAUGCAUUUUGGAUUGGUGCUUCAUUAAUGAUGAUUGAUCGUUAUGAUCUUAUCGAUUUCGCUUCAAUCAAUGCUUUCAUUGGCUCUGCUCAACACGAAGCAAUUGGUGGUGUAGCAAAAGAACCUGGUCAAUUACCUGAUGUUAUGCAUUCCUAUCUAUCACUUGUUGGUCUUUCAUUUGGUAAUAUACCUUCAAUUCAACAAGUUAUUCCUUGUUUAAAUUUAUCAAAAAGAGCUGCUGGUAAAGAUUGGUUUGAAAAAUUAAUUUAA